CUAGUUUACCCGUGGUAGGUAGAGAUCUCAAAAGUUUCCGUAGCAAAAAUUAAAGUCUUGCGGAAUCUUUGAAGAAAUCGAAGACGUUUCUUCUCAUCAAUUGUCGUCAAAUUAAAGCAGAUACCUAUCUAGACCUCCCCUCCGUUGCAUGUUCCGAAGAUUCUUCAAAAUGGCCGAAGAAAUUGCUUCCAAGAGACUGAAGGUCGAUCGCUCCACCCCCGCCGUCAUUGGCACCCACAAUGGCCACUUCCACGCCGACGAAGCGCUUGCAGUAUACCUUCUUCGACUCCUGCCCACCUACAACCCAUCGACUCUGAUCCGUACGCGCGACCCUGCUUUGCUCUCGACAUGCCACACCGUCGUGGAUGUUGGCGGCGAGUACAACCCUGCCUCCAACCGGUAUGAUCAUCACCAGCGGACAUUUGACACGACUUUCCCCAAACGCGCGACCAAACUGUCCAGUGCAGGUCUCGUAUACAUGCAUUUUGGCAAGUCGAUUAUUGCCCAACAGACCAAGCUGCAGGAGGAGGCGGAAGAGGUAAAGGUUCUGUACGAGAAGUUGUAUACGGACUUUGUGGAGGCCUUGGAUGCGCAUGACAAUGGCAUUUCCGUCUACGAUCCCAAAGAUACCGCCCACCUGCAGAAGCGAUUCCAAGAUAGCAGCAUCAACUUGGGCUCCCUGGUCGGCGACCUGAACGCCAACUUUGAAGAUACCGAAGGCAAGUCUGCCGAGCAGCUUCAGAAGGAGGAGGAUGAGCGUUUCUUGCAAGCAUCGAGCCUCAUGGGCACCGUGUUCCUGCGGAAGCUCGAAUACUACCACCGUGCUUGGCUGCCGGCCCGGGCUGUCGUACAUGCGUCCUAUGCCAAGCGCAAGGAGAUCGAUUCCAACGGCCGUAUCAUGGUUUUGGAGCGAUCUGUGCCGUGGAAGGACCACCUGUACACUCUUGAGGCAGAGCACCCUCAGGAGGAGAAGGUCCUGUAUGUCUUGUACCCUGAAGGUCCUCAGGAAGGCGCCAAAUGGCGCAUUCAAGCGGUUUCUGUCGCAAAGGACUCGUUUGAGAGCCGCAAACCAUUGCCCGCAGCCUGGCGCGGCGUGCGGGACGACAAGUUGGACGAAGUCGCCGGAAUCCCGGGUUGCGUCUUCACCCAUGCUAGUGGCUUUAUUGGUGGCAACAAGACAUUUGACGGGGCAAAGGCUAUGGCGGAAAAGGCUCUGGUGUUGUAAAAUAUCGGAGUGUGUGAUUUGAUAUAUUCACGUGGCACCAUUUGAGGAUGUUGUUGAUGCACCCUCGAGUCACUGGCUUAAGGCUACCGGAAGUUAAGACCAUGAGUUGGCGUUUCUUUUAAAAGUGUAAUAAGGUUCCCUAAAUGAGAAUAAAAACGACCUAAGAGUCCCAUAACCAGGGGUCAAGAACACCGUAGCAUCCGAGCAACAUUUUCUCCUCCGUGAUACUUCCGAUCAGCCAUCCAUCACAGAGGGUUCGAAGCAAAUGAGA